AUGAAGUUCUCUACUGUUCUCCUUACUGCUGCUGUGGCUGCUGCUGAGCUCAUCACUCUUGACUGGGCCGAGACCACCCAGGUCAUCUCCAUUCCCGACGCCACUGCCGGCGAGCAGGCCACCUCUGCCGUUCUGUCUGCCGCUUACGAUGCCAUCCAUGACCACCUUGCUGCCCAGACCACCCCUGCCCCCGACGCUGAGAAGGCCGAGGAGGCUCUGGACCUCACCAUCCAGGCCCCCUUCUUCACCAUGGGUCUGUGGAUCCCCGACCUGUCCGACUUUGGCAUCGGCACCAAGAACGAGACCAUCUCCGAGUGGCUGCACCGAAUCUGGGAGGAGAAGCAGGGCGUGGCUUACCCCAACCGAAAGCGUGAGUUCACCCCCGAGGAGAUCAACGAGAUCCAGGAGGCCGCUGAGGGCAUGGACCUGACUAUCCAGGCUCCCUUCUUUACCAUGGGUCUGAUCAUCUCUGACGCCGAUGGCCACGAGUCCACUGUCUGGGUCACCGAGACUGUCUCUCCUGCUCCUUCCACCACCCCUGCUCCUGCUGCUGAGCCUUCUUCUUCCGCCCCCGCUUCUUCAACCGAGGCUCCCUCUACUUCUGAGGCUCCCGCUUCUACCUCCGAGCCUGCUUCUUCUUCUGCUGCUCCUUCUUCUGCUGCUCCUUCUUCCACUGAGGCUCCCUCUUCUACCGAGGCUCCCACUUCUUCUGCUGCUCCCACUUCUUCUGCUGCUCCCACCUCUUCCGCUCCUGCUUCUCAGGAGCGAGUUACCGUCACCGACACCAUCGAGGAGCCCUGCCCCGAGUCUACCACCUCUCUGCCUCCCACCACCCUGGUUGUCACCACCAAGGAGUGCGACUGCCACGACGAGUAA